AUGACGAUAAAAAAUAAAAAGACUAAACAAUCAAAAACAUCAGAAGUGACUUCUUCUGGUAGUGCAUCGACUAGUGUUCAGAAGACAAGUUCGACUACUUCGGUGCAAAGCAGUAGUAGUAACACGGUGCAGAAGGUCAGCUCGUCGGGUAAGAAGGUUCGGUACAUCGAGGUUAAGGUCGAGGAGGAUGACCCGCUUAUGAUAACUGACAUUUCGGACCACUCUUCAAUAGCCGGCUCCACUAUAUCGGAGCAUUAUAAUAGCCACCCGCACUACAUUAUUACGGAAGCUCCUUCCAUCAGCGACCUUUCGCAAACCCGAGCGCUGGAACAUAAUGUGAGUGACAUGGCACAGUCAACAUCGGGAGAAUAUGUCUCUAGUUCGGUCCUCCAGGAGUCUUCUUCGUCCCAUCAGAAUUCUAAAAGCGAAACAUUCCAGACUUCAUCAACUUCUGUUCAGCAAUCAGGCUCUAGUCACAGCCAAACUUUUGACAGAACGACUGAUUCCUCGGCUCCAAAUCAAACUCUUAAUACAGGCUUCAUCGAUAACUCUUCGACUAAUGUUCACAACACUAACACGUAUGUGAAACGAUCUCAAAAUGCAAACGCCUCCAAUUCGUUUCUCCAAUCGGAGCGUCAGAGUUUAGUUAAUCAAUCAAAAUCGAAUACUAAGGAUCAACAGAAUACAAAACAAAACGAGAGGGUGACUUAUCGCAACUCUCCAGAUCCUUCCCAGAGGACCCAAACGGUUCGAUCUGACUCAUCCAACUUCUACGGAGGUGAAGGCAGCUUGGAUAAGAGUGGUAAAACUAAAGAAUAUACUAGUACUUCGCAGUCAAGUGAAACUAAGAGCAGCAAUGUCACAAAAUCCUCGUCAUCCUCGUACGUCGUUGAGAUUGUUGACGGUAAGGAACGUAUCAUUGACAGUUCUAAGAGGGAGUGGGGAGAUGCACAAGAACACUCAUCUAAGGAGGAUUAUGCGACCAUAAGUGGAACUGGCAUGAAGCCCCAGUCUGCUCACAGCGUCCAGAACUAUGAUAUGAAAGCAAAUUAUGACACAGGAAAGGAUGGAAAGAGACCUACUAGUGAAUUGACUGUAAAACAAGACUCAAAAUUCAUAAAAGAUGGAAAUCAAAUGACUUCUCAUUCAAGUAUUACGACGGAGAAAGAUAAUGUUGCUAAGCAUCAACAUUACAUAGCAAACCGCGAGCAUUUAACUGACGAUCAACAAUAUAUAACAAACCGUGAUCAAGUAACAACUGAUCAAAAGUACGUGACAAACCGCGAUAACCUAACAUCUGACCAGCGGCAUAACACAAGUCGUCAGUAUGUAACAUCUGACCAGCAGCAUGACACUAAUCGUCAGUAUCUAACAUCCGAUCAACAAUACACAACCAGUGAACAUUCAACAACUGAUCAACAUUACACAACUCGGGAACAUUUAACUUCUGAUCAACAGUACACUACUCGUGAACAUUCAACAUCUGAUAAACAAACUUCAUCAAUAAAAGAUGAUCACUAUCAGUCAAGAAAUGUUUCUAAUAAUACCAAUCAAAAUCGAAGAGAUAUUGUUGACAAUAAAACCACUGUCAAUAAGGAAAUGGUUGAUGAUCGACGACGUAAUAUGAAUCAGACAGAUUCAUCCAACUUUUAUGGAUAUGACACUACUAUUCAAAAUGAGCUAAGGAAAGUGGGUAAUAUAUUACAAGUGCCGAAUACCGAAAACAUAAACUUCUCAACGAAAAUCAUGAAAAGCAAUACAAGUAGUGCUCAGCAAGCAUCGACGUCCUCUUACGUUGUUGAAAUUGUUGACGGGAAAGAACGUAUUGUGGACACUUCUCAUAGAGAGUGGGGUGAUAACAAAGAACAUUCUACCUACGAGAAGAGUCACAAUGUUAGUGGUCCAGGAAUAAAACCGGAACAUGAAUAUACACGACAUGUACUGGAUAAAGAAUCUCAUUACGACACUGGUAAAGAUGGAGUUCCUAAAAGCUCUCUGCAGGUAUCAGAGGAAUCAGCUUUGUAUAAGAAUGGAAAAGAAAUUGCUGCUACUAGCAACCGCUAUGGAGGUGAUUUCACCAAGAAGAAGGCAAUAACGGAAUAUGUCACUGAUAGAGAUGAUGUCCAUGACACUCGUGUCCGUGAUACGACUGAUCAGACAACGACAUAUAAAACUACAACUACUGACACUCAGUCUCAUGUAAGAGACAUAAAAGAUGUGAAAGACACUACUGACUUCGUGACCACAGAGAAAGAAAACCUGACGAAAGAGUCCACAUCUAAAACUACUUCUCAAACUAAAGAUACUUUGACUACAUACGAAAGGAGCACUGGGACAUGGAAUGGAAAGUUUGUAUAUGAAACAGACGACGACAGGCCCAAAAGGCCUAAAGAGAUGUCACCAUUCGGCAGGCCUGAACAACCGAGACAUCACUUAAAGCGACAGGACACAGAAGAAAAUAUUAUUUUAUCAUCUAGAGAUAUUAAAGACUUUACAUCAAUCAGUGAUUUGAGAAAAAUCAUUGAGAGCUCUAAGUUCAACAAGGAUGUACGAGUGAGCAACAAAAACAUCGUUAUCAACAGAAACAUUGACGAUCGUAUCCUAAAAGAAAUUAUAGAUACGGUGAAAAAGUAUCCAUUUAAGAGAAUUGAGAAAGUAACAUUUGGAACUAAGAUUAAUGAAGAUGUGAAGGACCUGUACGAAGGACUUGAUACAGAAGAAACUACUGUCGUUAGUACCACUACAGGCGAAACGACUAGAAAGGCAUUCGAAGUGGAAAAGAACAGAAGUCAAAUUGAAGUCACUCGAUACAUCACUGAAAAUGGCAUUACUAGAAAAAUAACAACUUACGAAGAUGCUAAAGAAGACGACAAGAUCAGGACAGACGUCUACGUCGACAAGAGUGCGUUAGACUUCAAAAACUUGCGCGAUGUCCAAACGACCGAAGACGUUAUUCGAGAAUACGACGUGGUGGACCGUGCUAUCACGGACACCACAAGAAAGGAUACUGUCAGCACCGUCUACGAUGAGACCAUCAUCGACGACAGGAGAACAAUGCGAGACGACAGGACUACGGUUGAGGAGACCGUCAUCAUCGACGAGACCAGGCCUAAGGGCCCCGGUCCCAAGAAACCCGAGAAGAUUGUCACUAAGGAGCAGUGCAUCUGUGAAAUCUGCACUUGUGGGCGUCAUCGCUGCCCACACAACGAUGUCCCGGAGCCAUUGUUCGAUGUGGAGCACACGACCAGCGUGGUCUCCGCGUACAAACGCGAUUACGACGAGAAACACGUGACUCGUACUACUGCUGUCCACCACGAGGAUCACCUUCGUCUUGAAGGCGAUUUCCAAGAGCCAGAGCGUCCUCAGUGGCAACCUGCUGAGCGACCUAAACAAAGGAAACCCGAAGAUAACCUUAAGCCUGAAGGAGAUUUUGAGAAAAGGCAACCUGAGGAAUGGCGUCCGGGUGAUCGUGCACCCGUCCGUAGGCCUCAUGACAACUUGAGACCAGAAGGCGAAUUCACAACUCCUGAAAAAGAACCAUGGAGACCUGCUGAGAGGGAAAAACCUAAAAAACCUGAGGAUAACCUGAAACCUGAAGGUGAUUUUGAGAAACGACGUCCUGAAGAAUGGCGUCCCGGAGACAGAGCUCCUACUCGUCGCCCAGAAGAUAACUUGAAGCCAGAGGGUGAUUUCGAGAAACGACAGCCUGAAGAUUGGAGGCCAGGUGAUAGGGUACCGGUACGUCGCCCUGAGGACAAUUUACGUCCAGAAGGUGAUUUCGAGAAACGUCGACCAGAAGAGUGGAAACCUGGUGACAGGGCUCCCGUGAAACGUCCUGAAGAUAACUUGAAACCUGAAGGUGACUUCGAAAAACGGCAACCGGAAGACUGGCGGCCAGGUGAUAGAGCUCCUGUGCGUCGACCUGAGGAUAAUUUACGCCCAGAAGGAGACUUUGAAAAACGUCGUCCAGAAGAAUGGAAACCCGGUGAACGGGCUCUAGUGAAACGUCCUGAAGAUAACCUGAAACCUGAAGGCGACUUCGAAAAACGUCGGCCAGAAGAAUGGCGCCCUGGUGAUAGAGCUCCUGUUCGUCGACCUGAUGAUAACUUAAGACCCGAGGGUGAAUUUACAACACCUGAAAAAGAACGUUGGCAACCAGCUGAACGUCCUAAACAAAAGAAGCCCCAGGAUAACCUAAGACCUGAAGGCGAAUUUGAGCAGCCGAAACAAGAUGAAUGGCGUCCAGCAGAACGAGUUACUCAGAAGAAACCCAAGGACAACCUUAAACCGGAAGGUGACUUUGAGCAGCCGAAGCAUGAGGAGUGGAGACCUGCUGAAAGGCCAAUUGCUACAAAGCCUAAGGACAACCUCAAGCCUGAAGGCGACUUUGAACAACCUAAACAUGAUAAGUGGCAACCAGCAGAACGCGUCACUCAAAAGAAACCUAAAGAUAAUCUUAAGCCUGAAGGUGACUUUGAGCAACCAAAACCCGAAGAGUGGCGUCCUGCUGAGAGGCAAACACCUAAGAAGCCUCAAGACAAUUUACGUCCCGAGGGUGACUUUGAAACACCAAAGCAAGACGAAUGGCGCCCAGCAGAACGUGUUACACAAAAAAAACCACAGGACAACCUAAGACCAGAAGGUGAAUUUACUACACCUAAGAAGGAUGAAUGGAAACCAGCCGAAAGACCUCAACAAAAGAAACCUACUGACAAUUUGAAACCAGAAGGUGAGUUUGCGAAGCGACAACCUGAUGAGUUUGUUCCUGCUGAAAAGGCUGUAGUGAAAAAGCCUGAAGAUAAUCUACGGCCUGAAGGGGAUUUCACAACUAGACGAACUAUAACAGAAGAUUACAAAGUUGUUACUGGCGAGCGAGCCGAAAUUAUUCGCCGAACUGACAAUAUUAUUACAGAAGGAGAAUUUACAGAUACUACAACUUCUCGCACAGAGUAUACUGUGAAGCCAGUGGAACGACCAAAACCAGUUCGUCGAAACACAUGGACGAAGAUAGAAGGCGACAUGACAACAGAAACAACAAAUCAGUCAGAAUUUGUUGAUUACACUGACACAGUAGAAAGAACAACAUUGGUCGCGCGGAGAACAGACAACUUAAUACGAGAAGGAGAAAUAGAAUUUGUUACUUCCAAUCAGAAAGACUACCCAGAGAAGGUUACACCAGUUGAACGCCCGAAACGCCGUCGCACGUGGACGAAAGAAGAUUUUGAAAAGUUUUAUUCCACAGAAGAGCUCGAAAAAAUUACUACUUCUCAAGAAGAAUACAGAACAUACGAAGAAAUUGAUGUAAGGCAACAGAGAAUAAUAAGAAAAGAUAAUCUACACAUGGAAGGAACAUUUGACAGUCAUACUGUAUCCCACGAUACUUAUGGACCUAAACAUUCAGAGAGACCAAAACAAAAGAAACCAAUUGAUAACUUAAAACCAGAAGGAGAUUUUGAGCAACCUAAACAAGACGAAUGGCGACCAGCAGAGCGUGUCACACAAAAGAAACCUAAGGAUAAUCUAAAACCUGAGGGUGAAUUUGAGCAACCGAAACACGAAGAAUGGCGUCCAGCAGAAAGACAGACGCCAACAAAGCCUAAAGACAACUUGAAACCCGAAGGAGAUUUUGAACAGCCGAAACACGAUGAAUGGCGACCUGCAGAACGCGUUACUCAAAAGAAACCUAAAGAUAAUCUUAAGCCUGAAGGUGACUUUGAGCAACCAAAACACGAAGAGUGGCGUCCUGCUGAGAGGCAAACACCUAAAAAGCCUCAAGACAAUCUACGUCCCGAGGGUGACUUUGAAACACCAAAGCAGGACGAAUGGCGACCUGCAGAACGUGUCACACAGAAGAGACCUAAAGAUAAUCUUAAACCCGAAGGUGAAUUUGAGCAGCCGAAGCAUGAAGAAUGGCGUCCCGCUGAGAGACAAACACCCAAGAAACCUCAAGACAAUCUUCGUCCUGAAGGUGAAUUUGAAACACCAAAGCAAGAUGAAUGGCGUCCAGCAGAGCGUGUUACACAGAAGAAACCCAAGGACAACCUUAGACCAGAAGGAGAAUUUGAACAACCGAAACAUGAUGAAUGGCGUCCCGCUGAGAGACAAACACCUAAGAAGCCUAAAGACAACUUACGCCCUGAAGGUGAAUUUGAAACACCAAAGCAGGAUGAAUGGCGUCCAGCAGAACGCGUUACACAGAAGAAACCUAAGGAUAACCUUAAGCCUGAGGGAGAAUUCGAGCAACCGAAACAAGAAGAAUGGCGUCCAGCAGAAAGACAAACUCCAAGAAAACCAAAAGAUAACCUAAAACCUGAAGGUGAUUUUGAACAACCUAAACAUGAAGAAUGGCGUCCUGCUGAAAAGCAAACACCAACCAAACCACGUGAUAAUUUGCGACCAGAAGGUGAAUUUGAAACGCCCAAGCAAGAAGAAUGGCGUCCAGCUGAAAGAGUUACCCAGAAAAAACCUAAAGAUAACUUAAAACCUGAAGGUGAAUUUGAACAACCUAAACAUGAGGAAUGGCGUCCAGCCGAGAGACCAGUUCAAAAGAAGCCCCAAGAUAACCUCAAGCCAGAAGGAGAAUUCGAACAACCAAAACAUGAUGAAUGGCGUCCCGCUGAGAGGCAAACUCCUAAAAAGCCUAAGGACAACUUACGCCCUGAAGGUGAAUUUGAAACUCCCAAGCAGGACGAAUGGCAGCCAGCGGAGCGUGUCACUCAGAAAAGGCCUAAGGAUAAUUUACGACCAGAAGGUGAAUUUGAACAGCCGAAGCAUGACGAAUGGCGUCCAGCAGAGCGUGUUACCCAGAAGAAACCCAAGGAUAACCUUAAACCAGAAGGAGAAUUCGAACAACCAAAACAUGAUGAAUGGCGUCCCGCUGAGAGACAAACACCUAAGAAGCCUCAAGACAAUUUACGCCCUGAAGGUGAAUUCGAAACACCAAAGCAAGAUGAAUGGCGUCCAGCAGAGCGUGUUACACAGAAGAAACCCAAGGAUAACCUUAAACCAGAAGGAGAAUUUGAACAACCAAAACAUGAUGAAUGGCGUCCCGCUGAGAGACAAACACCUAAGAAGCCUAAAGACAACCUACGCCCUGAAGGUGAAUUUGAAACACCAAAGCAGGACGAAUGGCGACCAGCGGAGCGUGUCACCCAGAAGAAACCCAAGGAUAAUCUACGACCGGAAGGAGAAUUCGAACAACCAAAACAUGAUGAAUGGCGUCCCGCUGAGAGACAAACACCUAAGAAGCCUCAAGACAAUUUACGCCCUGAAGGUGAAUUCGAAACACCAAAGCAAGAUGAAUGGCGUCCAGCAGAGCGUGUUACACAGAAGAAACCCAAGGAUAACCUUAAACCAGAAGGAGAAUUUGAACAACCAAAACAUGAUGAAUGGCGUCCCGCUGAGAGACAAACACCUAAGAAGCCUAAAGACAACUUACGUCCUGAAGGUGAAUUUGAAACACCAAAGCAGGACGAAUGGCGACCAGCAGAGCGUGUCACCCAGAAGAAACCUAAAGACAAUCUUAAACCAGAGGGUGAAUUCGAGCAGCCGAAACAUGAUGAAUGGCGUCCCGCUGAAAGACAAACACCUAAGAAGCCUCAAGACAAUCUUCGUCCAGAAGGUGAAUUCGAAACACCAAAGCAAGAUGAAUGGCGUCCAGCUGAGCGUGUUACGCAAAAGAAACCCAAAGACAACCUUAAACCUGAAGGACAAUUCGAACAACCGAAACAUGAUGAAUGGCGUCCCGCUGAGAGACAAACACCUAGGAAGCCUAAAGAUAACUUACGUCCAGAAGGUGAAUUUGAAACACCAAAGCAGGACGAAUGGCGACCAGCAGAGCGUGUCACCCAGAAGAAACCCAAGGAUAAUCUACGACCGGAGGGAGAAUUCGAACAGCCUAAACAAGAUGAAUGGAGACCUGCAGAGCGCCCAGUUCAGAAAAAACCAAAAGAUAACCUCAAACCAGAAGGGGAGUUUGAGCAACACAAACCAGAUGAGUGGCGACCAGCUGAUAGACCCAUUGCAAAGAAACCUCAAGAUAAUUUGAAACCUGAGGGCGAAUUUGAGAAACCUAAACCUGAUGAGUGGCGUCCUGCUGAACGACAAACGCCUAAGAAACCUCAAGAUAAUUUAAGACCGGAAGGCAAAUUUGAAACCCCUAAACAAGAUGAUUGGCGUCCUGCAGAAAGGCCCGAAGUUAAAAAACCGAAAGAUAACUUGAGGCCGGAGGGUGAAUUUGAAAAACCAAAGCAGGAUAAAUGGCAACCAGCUGAAAGGCAAACACCCAAAAAGCCACAAGACAAUCUUAGACCCGAAGGUAAAUUUGAACGACCUGAGAAACCGAAGCAUGUUGUUGGGGAAAGACCUGUCCAAAAGAAGCCAGAGGAUAAUUUGAAACCCGAAGGAGACAUGGAAGUAGUACGAAGAACUGAUUACACAGCAACCAGAGGAGACAGAGUAGAAGUAGUUAAACAUGAAGAUCAUUUAAGAAUGGAAGGAACUAUUGAUACUCAUCGUUCACGAGAUGAUUACAAGCGUAUAGAGAAAACCGAAAAAGUUGUAAUUCAGAGACACGAAGAUAACUUGAGAACCGAAGGUGAGUUCAUUGACCUUACUGUUCGAAACGACUACAGUGCUACGAAAGGUGAAAGGGCUCCUGUUGUGAAGCCUCAAGAUAAUUUGAAACCUGAUGGUAAAUUUUACAAACCUGAGGUUGUUCCAUCUAAACCAGCUGAGCGACGCAAACCAUUUAAACAGGUCGAUAACAUCACUAUUGAAAGAGAUGUUGAUUUACGCCAACGUCAAAAGAUUGAGCGGCUUGAUAUAAUUCGAAGAGAAGAUAACUUAAAGAUUGAAGGGGAAUUUAUCGACAUGAAACAAAAAACUGAUUACAAUAAGGUCGUAGGUGAACGGGCUGCUAUUGUAAGACAUGAAGACAAUUUGAAAAUGGAAGGUACAAUGGAAAAUGUCCGUUCAUCUGAUACGUAUCGUGUCGUUAAAGGACAAAGAGUGAAAUUGACUCGACGUGAAGACAACCUGAAAAUUGAGGGAGUAUUUGAAGAUCACACGCGAAGGGAUGAUUAUAAGGUGACUAAAGGUGAAAGGUCGGCUAUUGUUUACCAUCGCGAUAAUUUAAAACCCGAAGGUGAAUUUGAAAAAAGACCUAAGGAACAGAUUGAACCUGGUGAAAAACGAACUCCGAUUAGACAACCUGAUAGUUUGAGACCUGAAGGUGAUAUUGAAAGACCAUCAAAACCAAAAUGGGAACCAUCUGAACGACCUGAUUUGAUUAAACAUCAAGAUAACUUACAUCCAGAAGGAGAUUUUCCAAGUCGUCCAAAAACGCAAUGGCAGCAAGGAGAGACGCCAGAACAAGUACGCCCAAAGGAUAACUUAAAACCCGAAGGAGAUUUCCCAAGCCGCCCAAAAACUCAAUGGCAGCGAGGAGAAACGCCAGAACAAGUACGCCCAAAGGAUAAUUUAAAGCCAGAAGGAGAUUUUGAUAGGCCCUCACGGCCGAAGUGGGCAACGUCGGAGAGGCCGGAACAAGUGAGACCUAAAGACAACUUACGUCCUGAAGGUGAAUUUACAGAUAGGCCUAAAACUCAGUGGCAGCCUGGUGAGACACCAAGUCAAGUUCGACCUAAAGAUAAUUUAAAACCAGAAGGCGAUAUGGAUUCGCGUACCCCUCAAAAAUGGGCUCCAGGUGAAACACCAGCACAAAUUCGUCCAAAAGAUAACUUAAAACCUGAGGGUGACUUUGAUCGUCCUUCUAGACCUAGAUGGUCACCUGGUGAUAGACCUGAACAAGUAAGGCCAAAGGACAACUUACAUACCGAAGGUGAGUUCACUGACAGGCCCAAAACUCAGUGGCAACCCGGUGAGACACCUUCUCAAGUUCGGCCUAAAGACAAUUUACACCCUGAAGGUGACAUGGUUUCACGUACACCAUCUAAAUGGGCCCCGGGAGAGACACCUUCUCAAGUUCGUCCUAAAGACAAUUUGAAGACAGAAGGUGAUGUUAGUUAUCCGUCAAGGCCAAAAUGGGAGACUGGAGAUAGACGAAGUCCAGUUAAACCAAAAGACAACUUAUAUCCUGAAGGCAACAUGGAUUCACGAACUCCAACAAAGUGGGCUCCAGGAGAAACUCCAACUCAGGUUAGGCCUAAAGAUAAUUUGAGGCCAGAAGGUGAUUUUGAACGACCAGGACCCCAGAAAUGGAGCCCUGGAGAAAAGUCAGGACCUGUAAGACCAAAAGACAACCUUUACACCAAUGGUGAUAUAACAAAGCAUGACACCAGCAGAACACAAACGAAUGACACAACAAGAAAGACUGUAGAAACUAAGUCUGUUAGUGGUCGUGAUGAUCAUGAUGUUAAAUCUCAAACAGUUUCUCGUCAUGAUACUCAUGUACAUCGCGAUGAUCAAUCUCAUACGUCUCACUCGGAGACGCACGUAAGGCGAUCCCACAUCACUACUGAUCAUUCUACGUCAAAACAUACUCAUUCUGGUACGCACGGCAAGCAUAUUAUUACAUCACAUGAUGUGGUUGAUCGCAGUGGGUCCCCGAAACCUGUCGAACGGGUAACGACACCCCAAGAUAACAUUCCUGACAGACACAGAACUGUGGGUGUUACAGAUCGUUCUGUGUCCCGUAGUAGUACAGACAGGACUAUAGUCAAUAAAACUGACACUAAAAAUCUGAAGACUCUCACUACCACAACAACCAAAACUAUUAAACAAAUAACAGAAAAGAAGCUUAGAGGAGGUAAAUGGGUGAAUGUAACACGAAAUGUUGAAGUAGACGUAACUGAAGACACUGGAAAAUUCACACCUCAACAAUCUACACCGAAGAGAGAUGUAGAUGAUCGUACAAGCCGCACUCGGCAAACAGGAAGUGACACAAACACAACGCAGCGAACAGUGUCAUCUGAUUACGUCACAACAUCUUCUACAAACGAAGUCAAUAGUACAACACAUGGGCCAAGAGGUACACCACACGGAUCAUCUAUUCUUGUGGAUCAACAACAUUCUCGAACCAACCAACAAUAUAUUGAUAACAGUCAAAGAAUUCAUUCAUCAGCACAAUCUGUUGUUUCUUCGUCCUCAAGUCAAAACGUAACAAAUCAACACCACACAACACAUAGAAUUGUUGGCAGUUCAAAUAUCUCUCGUGAUCAUGUUGGUCAAAAUACCCAACACUCAACCACUGACAGUCACAUUUCCAGAGGAGGUGACACGACUCAGAGGAUCGUAGCAUCUGAUCAUUCUGGCAGGCAAUCCAACCAAGGGCACGUCACUGAGAGUCACAUUCAGAGAAACGUCACCUCAUCAACACAAGUCCACAAAGGGACUCAUUCUGAACAACAUAUAUCAAGAUCAAGUCAACAUUCGACUAAUAGAAAUCAAUUGAGUGACAGCGUUACAAAAACGAGUAUAGAAUUCCAGAGAGCUAUGCACGGUGGUGGUAAUGAACCUCCGGCCAACGUUAUCGAUAGCUCUUCGCGUAGCGGCCAUCAUAAACGCACUUCUGACUUGGUAUCCGAUUCCAAUUCAUCGAAUGCAAUUUUACACCGCAAAGGCGUUCAUUCAAACACUGAAGCUCAUCAUUCGAUAAGUUCAACAGCUGCUGCACAGAGAAAGAGCAUCGGUAAUCUCUCCGAGCGAGGUGAAUACAUAAGUAACUCAACGCACAGCACAGACAGAAAGAGCAUUAGUUCUAUGCACAGAUCAACAAGAGAUAACACGGCUGUCAUUUCGCAACAUGAAAGUUCGGAUGCUCGUCGUAAUCAAAUAAGAAGAGAUGGGCAGUCUACGCUAGCGACCGACCGUCAGCAAACACGAGUUGUUAGAGAUAACUUGAGAGUAGGUGGUGAUUUCUAUGGUCAAUCAGAAGCUCGGUCUUAUGGAAGUUUUUCACGUUCCGAACAUGCUCAGAAAACGGAUCGUACUGAACGAGUUGAGCGCGUGGAACGGGUAACACGCCACGGAAACGCUUCAAACUUUGUCUUGGGAGACGGCAGCACUAGUUACAAGCGAGAAUUUACAUCCCACGUCCAUGGAACUUGUCCUGCUACAUUGAUCGAUUCUGGGCGCACUCCUUUCAAACAUACGCGUGAUUCUCGCGAACAUAAGUUUUAUGCGACGAAAAUAACGCAGCAGCAAUAA